AUGUUGCUGAAGCUGGUAGUUGGUAUGUUAUUGGUGAGCGGCGCCGCGACCGUCAAGUGCGGUAUGGUCAGUUUCACGGGAAAAGUUUUGUGCGGCGGAAGAUAUACCGAUCAGGCGGUAAGUUAAUAAAAGUUUUUGCUUUGGGUGAGGGUGGGGUUUUGAUUUUUUAAAUUUUUUCGUAUUGGGGGUGUUUUUGAAUUUUUUUCUCUGCAGGGGUGUUUUUAGUUCUUUUUGUGGUAGUUUUUUGACUUUUAUUUUGAGGAGGGGGAAUUUUGAAGUUUUUCGUUUUGGGGGUGUUUUUGAAUUUUUCAACCGCAGGGAUGGUUUUUACAUAUUUUUUUGGGGUGUUUUUUGACUUUUAUUCUGAGGAGGGGGUGUUUUUGACUUGUAUUUUGAGGAAGGGGUGUUUUUGAAUUUUUUCACUGCAGGGAUGGUUUUUAAUACUUUUGAGGGUAUUUUUUGUCUUUUGUUUUAAAAAGGGGUGUUUUUGAAUUUUUUCUUUUUGGGGGUGUUUUGUUAUUUUAUUUUUUGGUAAGUGGGGGUUCAUUUUUUUGGAGUGGAGAAUGUUUUUUGAUCUAAAUUUUCAUAUUCUUUCACUAAAACCAAAAGUUAAUUUUUGAAUAUUAAAGCAUAAAAAAAGUUUUGUCGUUUUUCACCGUGAAAACCCACGCAAAUUGACGACAAGACUUUUGUUACGCUUCAUCAUUUAAAAAAUUUAAAGACUUCAAGUUUUAAGUUUAAAAAGUAUACAUUUUAGCAUUUUAUAGGGUUUUUUCGAUCAAAAACUACCUUUUUCUAACAUUUUUUUGACUAAAAGUACAGUUUUGAAAAGUCUUCGACCAAUAUCUCAAAGUUCACAUUUCAGGUCAUUGAAUUGUAUGAAGAAGAUUUGUUUUUCGACGAUUACGUUGGGGAUACCACGCCGAACAAGCAAGGUGCAUAUGCCGUGUCCGGAUACGUUGGCGAUGGCUGGUUCGACUGGGAAUGUGAGCCCUACGUCUUUGUGUGAGUUAUCUACUAUAACAUUGAUUUUUGCUGUGGUCUACCUACUAUAAUAUAGCUUUUUGUACCUUUAGUGACCUACUACAAUGUAGCCUUUCUCCUUGAUUCACCCAAUAUAAUAUAGCUUAUUGUACCUUGGGUUACAUAUUAUAAUACAAAGCCAAUUGCUGACCCAUCUACUACAAUAUACUUCGUUUUCACUAACUCCCAGUACCUAAUGUCAUUUCAGUAUACACAGAUGCAAAAACAAAUCGUGCCGUGCCUUCAAAAACUAUGGCAGAUCGUCAGUCAUCGACCUGGACCAUGGUGAUUUCACCGAGUACCCGAAGUGCGCCCGCGUCGCCUAUAUCUCGUAG